CUUAUGUGAAAUAAAUGACUUUAAUAACGACAAUUCAAUUCUUUACAAUUCUGGUAUGUUUCGCAUUUAUUGUUUACUUAAUAUUUUUUAUAGAUACAGAUACUUAUUUCUAUAGUAUAACUACAUAUAUUUUUUCUCUUAUACCAAGCAUUUAAGUGUUACAUAGUGUAGGUACAUUUAAUUUAUUUUAUUGGUCAUAAAAAAUGCAAUUAGUCACAAAGUUCUAAUUGCCCAUUCAGUACAGUAUGAGUUACUCCAAACAUUUUUCAUUUUAUGUAAAAGUGAAACUAAAUAAAUAAAAGAGAUUUCUUAAAUCUGGGUUUUUUUGUAAGUGAAGUUUUUUAUUAGUCGUAAAAUGGCAAACAUUUUAAUUGCUAUAAAGUCAUUUAUAAGUUACAAAUUCUUAAAUAUUUUGAUUUUCUCAUGAACUCUCUCAUUUGCUGAUGGUUGUGAAUUAAUCCCAUAAUGGCGGAGGGCAGGGUGAUGGGCCGCCGCUUUGUGCUAACCCUGGUGAUUGGAAUAUCCGCCGGCUUUAGUUUUGCGUACAUACUAUUAACAUCGGCCGGAUUCUCUCGUGAAGUAGCCUGGUCGACCUUCAGGGAUUCUGCAAGGGACCUCGAGAAGCAUCCAAUAGUAAGCGUUCAAGAUCAUGGUAGUGAAGAGCCAGCGCAUAGAGACGAGGACAGAUCGGUCGCGGACGAGCUCGCCAAACGCGUCCGAGUUCUAUGCUGGGUCAUGACGCAACCCAAAAAUCAUAUGAAGAAGGCGCAGCACGUUAAGGCAACGUGGGGGAAGCGGUGUAAUAAACUGCUGUUCAUGAGCACUGCUGAAGACAGUUCUCUGCCAGCGGUAAAGCUGCCAGUGUCGGAGGGUAGAGACUUCCUGUGGGCGAAGACCAAGGCAGCCUUCCGCUACGUAUACGAGCACCAUCGGAGAGACGCCGACUGGUUCCUGAAAGCUGAUGAUGAUACAUACGUAGUGGUGGAGAAUCUCAGGUACAUGUUGUCAGAGCAUGACAGCAAAGAGCCGAUAUAUUUCGGCUGUCGAUUCAAGCCAUUUACUUCGCAGGGCUACAUGAGCGGCGGCGCGGGCUACGUGCUGAGUCGCGAGGCGCUGGACAGGUUCGUGAACAAGGGACUUCCCUCGCCUCAUCUGUGCAAGGCCAGCGACCAUGGUGCUGAGGACGCUGAAAUGGGUAUUUGCCUGCAGCAUAUUGGAGUAAAAGCGAUGGACUCGCGGGAUUCCUUACACCGUGGGCGGUUCUUCCCUUUCGUGCCCAAGGAUCAUCUGUUCCCUAACAAAGAUGGCGGCUUCUGGUACUGGAAGUACAUCUACUAUCCUACGGACGAGGGUCUGGACUGUUGCUCGGACCACGCGGUAUCGUUCCACUAUGUGGAGCCCGAGCAGAUGUACGUGUUGGACUACCUCAUCUACCACUUGCGACCCUACGGCAUCCGCUACGGCGCCGAGCCCCUGCCCGCGGCCAUCGCCAACACUACCGACUCGCGAUAACAUUCCAGCUAUAACCCUAGUCAAAUACCUAAUUACCAAAUAGAGUGCGUGACGCACCAAGGUUCUAGUCCGCUCGUAGAGUGCCUUUCCACCAGCGACGUGCUAUGCAGCUAUGCUACGAAGAUGUGAAAUCUACACUACGAAAAUAUGUGACCGUUUCCA